CCUCUGCACGGAGUGGAACUAAAAAAUCUAAAAAAAUAAUAGAAAUAAUUAGUCCGCGGAAAACGUUGAAGUUCAUCUAAUUUUCCUACUACUACAUACAUAUAUACAUAAAUAUUUUUUCAAAUUUUGCACAGAUGAAAUUUUUAGUUUUAAGUUAAAGCAAAGCAUAGAAAAAAGCUAAAAAGUCUCCGCCUUGUGGAAAAUUUCGCAACGAAAAAGUCACAGCUGCAUUUUAUUGAAAGGAAAUUUCGAAAAAUCGUAAAUCGUUCAAGUUGAGUCGUAUCGGAAACGGAGCAAAUCGUCGUGUGAGGGGGCACUGCGUAUCGUCGGUUAGGAACGGAGUGUAAUAGAGUGGUGGUGUGUGUGUAGCGACGGAGUAGAUACGAGUAGAUCGUGCCGUAUCGACCGUAACGGAGCGGAGGCACGCACAAAGCACAAAACGUCUGCUACAACGGAAACGGAUUUUGAAAAGGAACGACGGAGGCGCAACGUCAACGACAAGAACGAAUUUUAGAAGUAUGACUUUUUCGCGGAAAAAAGUGCUAACGUUAUGCGUGUGCACGCUAUUGGCGCUCAUCAGUUUUCCCGGAUAUGUUGAUUGUGCUAAUAAGAAGGGAUCACAGGCUGCCGCAGCAGCGCCUCCACCUGCACCCAUCGAACCCGAGGCCGUAAUCGAGGAGGUCAAUGCCAAGCAAUUGGAAAAACUACUGACCGAUAAGGAUUAUGUUGCUGUCUUUUGGUAUGCGCGAAGCUGCGUCACCUGUGAUAAAGUAUUAGCGGAACUCGAAAAAAUCGACGAUGACACCGAUUCGUUCGGUGUUGACUUCGUAAAGAUUAACGACAAACGACUAGCAAAACAAUACGGAAUAAAGAAUUUCCCAGCACUUACGUACUUCAGGGAAAAGGAACCAAUUAUCUAUGAUGGCGAUCUCAUGGACGAGGAAGGUGUACUCGACUUCCUCACCUCGCUGGAGGCGAUGGACUUGCCCGACCGCAUCGAAGAGGUCAAUGCAAAGAUUCUUUUAAAGAUUAUCGAGGAUACCGAUUUUGUAGCUGUUUUAUUCUACGACAAAGAUCAGAAGAAAUCGCAAAAGGUGCUCGCCGAACUGGAGAAUAUCGACGAUGAAUGCGAUCAAAACGACAUUGCUUUCGUGAAGAUCGAUGACGAUAGUGAGGCCAAGGAAUGGGGUAUCGAUGAGAUACCAUCGAUUGUCUUCUUCGAGCGUGGCAUACCGCACAUUUACGAAGGCGACUUGAUGAAGGAGGACGAACUCUUGGGUUGGUUGGUACAUCAGAAGCGGCACUCGGAGAUUCCGGAAGUUACCGAUGAGAUGAAGGACAAAUUGGUUGAAAAUACUGAACAUUUGGCUGUUAUUUUUUACGACAAGGACGAUAAACAAGACAUUCGCGUACUCAACGAACUGGAGAACAUCGAUGAUGAACUUGAAAAGGAGGGCAUCGUAAUCGUGCGUAUUGAUAACGCGGCCGAAGCUAAAGAAUACGGCUUGGAUCACUUGCCCGCACUCAUUUACUUCGAGAACAAAAUACCAGCUCUGUACGAGGGUGACUUGAUGAAUGAAGAUGAAGUAUUGGAAUGGUUGAUUUUACAAAAACGUACCGCUACCAUUGAAGAAGUUACCGAUGAGAUCCUCGUCGGUCUGAUCAACGAUCACGAAUAUGUAGUGGUCUUCUUCACUGGCCCAUGUGAGCCUGGCGAAAAAUGCGACAAAACUUUGGGCGCAUUGGAGAGUAUUGACGACGAACUGGAUGAGGCGGGCAUCAUUUUUGUCACCACUGAGGACACAAACAUCGCUAAGAAGCAUAACAUCAAAAACUAUCCACAAUUGGUAUUCUUUAGAAAUCGUGAUCCCUUAGUAUUUACUGGUGAUUUGGAUGAUGAGGACGAGGUGUUGGCAUGGAUCACCGACGAAGAUACGCUAGAGAUUCCUGGUAAAAUUGAAGAAGUAAACACCAAAAUGUUGGAUAAGAUUCUAUCGGAAAACGAUCAUGUCGUAGUGUUCUUCUAUCGUGAAGGUGAUAAGCGCGCACAAAAAAUCCUGAACGAAUUGGAAAAUAUUGAUGAUGAAUGCGAAGAGAAAGACAUUGAUUUCGUGAAGACUUCCGAUCCUGAUGUUGACAAGGAAUACGAUUUGGCUAAUUUGCCAGCGUUGGCAUUCUACAGACACAAAUUCCGCACAAUCUACGAUGGCGAUCUCAUGAAGGAGGAGGAAAUUCUGGAUUGGGUAAUUGAUCUGCAUGAAUCGACGGCUGAUGUUAUCGAAUCUGUGGAUCGUAAAACUUUACAAGUUUUAAUCAAUGACGUCGAGCACUUGGCUGUAUUUUUCUAUGAUGACAAAUGUGAAUCGUGCCCGCAAAUCUUGGAGGAAUUAGAGACCAUUGACGAUGAUACGGACAAACAGGGCAUACAAUUUGUCAAAUCGAAUGAUGUGAAGUUGGCGCAUGAAAUCGGAAUUUUCGCAUUCCCCGCCUUGGUCUACUACGAGACAGGCGUGCCAAUCAUGUAUGAUGGUAAUCUCAAAAAUGAAAAUCGUGUGUUGCAGUGGUUGAUCAAUCAAAAGAGGUACUUAGUGUCCAAGCAUAAUCGUGCAAUGCCGAAAAGCGCAAUACACAAUCGUUUUUUACCGAAGGCUGAAGAUGACGAAUGUUUCUAUGUUGGAUUGGGUCACGACGGCAGUUCAGCACGACGUGGCAUUAAUUACGCACCAAACGUUUACAAACCAUUCCAAUGUUGUCCUACUAAACUGGAAAAAUCUACAAAAGUUCCUAAAAUGACCGCACAGCGCAUCGGCCAUAGCAGCAGCGAUGCAACAGCCAAACGUAGUGGCAAUUUCCAAUUUGGGCCAGCAGCAACCACCAAAAACGACGCAGGCGCAGCCAGUAAGUCAGCAAAAGUCAGCUAUAAGAAGGAUAAAGAGCAGAAGAAACCACUGAAGCGUACCGUCGUCGACGAUGAUGAUGAUGAUGAUGAUGAGGAUGACGACGAUGAUGACGAUGACGACGAUGAUGAUGACGCAGUGCCAAUGGGCAAGGUCUCCUACACUAGUCCACGAAAAAGCGGCGGUGCAUCAGCUAAAAAAUCGAGCAGCAGCAACAAACAAGUAGCUAACGAUAAAUCCUAUGACAAUGGAAAAUCGGCGAAAAAGGCUCAUGCUAAAGAUGGCGAUAAAUUGAAUGUGAAAAGCGGCCUUAAUUAUUUGCAUAAACGACUAAAAAAUCUAUAUGACCUUUUUCAGGAUAUCUCUCUAUGGGAAUAAGGAAGCAAUAUAAUUGAAAAGAAAUUAAAAUUAAAUAAUUAACUCAUACACACACACACACAUAUACACCCUCAUAUGUAUACAAUGAGAAAAUAGAAGGAACAAUUGCAAAAAAAUGUCACACUAAUAAUAACUAAAAAUCGCAAACGACAGCCUAAUAAAUUCAAUAGCCAAACCCCCAAGCACAAGAACAUCAAUUAAAAAUGUAAAAAAAACAAAUUCCUUAUUGUCUGGAAAAAUACUGAACAAUAAAAUAGUUCCUAAUUAAUAAAACUAUUGUAUAAAUAGCGCUAAUACUACCCAAAAAUUAAUUUAAAAAAAAUUUUAGCAAGAAAAAUUACGCAAAUACUAUAUAAGAAACAUUUUGUAUAAAAAGUGACCCAAAAACACAGUUCCUUAGUUCCUUAACUCUUUUGCAUCACUCAACGGAAUAAUACGCGAACAAACACUCUUAUCACUGAGAGGGGGAAUAGGUCGCGCGAACAAAAACGCUCUCUUAUCAGCAUGAGCGUACGCGUGAACAAACACUCUCUCCCGUAUCACAUAUGGCCUCGGGAGACGGUCCAGCAUGCUUGACUGAGCUUUGUGUGUGUUAGUACAGUCGGGUGUCGUCGUGUCACACAUACUUGUUGUCGGCUUUUGAAUGAUGAAAAUCAAAAAUUUUAGAUAUUAGCGUCAAUCAGCCGACACGCACACAUAUAAAGUUCUUGUCAAACAAUGCUUGCCCGUUACCAGAGGCCAAUAGAACGGAAUAGUCCGCGCGAACAAAAACGCGCUCUCGUAUCAUCAAGUACGAAAUAGUCGGCGCGAGCAAAGACUCUCUCUUAUCAGCAAGAACGGAAUAAUCAGCAAUAAAUUUAUUUUUUGUUUUUGUUAAAGUUUAAGGAAAAUUAAUAAUUUUGGUAAUUCUGUAAUAUUCUUUUUCAUUAGAACAAACAGUAAAAGUCUUGCCGACGCAAUGUAUUUUGAGUACAUCGUGCAUUUCGUUAGGUGAUGCAAAAGGGUUAAAAAUUAGCGCACCUACUCUAGGAGUUAAAGCAUUAAUGUUGAGUUGUAUAAAAAACAGUGCUCCUAGAUUAAUUAAUGGACUAAAAAAAUUCAUGCAAAACCAAAAUUGGCAUAAAACCCGGCUAACUAAACUAAAAUUAUACUUUUCAUAAAAAUUAUACAAAAGAAAUUCACACAAAACAUAAUUGGCAUAAAAUAGUUGAACUGCUGCGGCUUGUAGAAUACAAGCCCCAAAAUUAUAUUAAUUUCCUUAAAAACGUAUAUAAAAAAAAACGAGCGCAAAUACUUAUAAAUUUUCCUCAUUGAGCACUGGAAAUGUUUAUAUGUAUGUAUGUACGCACUUUUAAACACUAAGAAAAAAAACACAUCUUGCGCGAAGAGAGAAAAUAAAUCUAUUUCCCAUUGAGAAAACCUUAAAAAGGAGGCAAACAGCUCAACAAAGUCAAAAUUUCAAAUAAUUUUAUGUGGCUGUAGAACAGAACUGCAAUUCAAGCCGCGCAAAAGUUAGGUUAGAAAAAAAUUCAAAUAAAAUCAAAUAAUGAAAUCUAAAAAACGUUUCAGGAAAUUUUUAAGAGCAAACAUGCACGCCAAUAAACUCCAAAGUGGUAUUCACUAUAUGGCGCCAAAAAUGUAACCAGAAAUAAUCAAAAAAUCAUUACAAAAUAACCAAAGUAAAGAUUUUUUCAAAAUUAUUUAUCCAAACCAAAGUCAAAACUAUAAACUAACAAAGUAAAGAUUUUUGAAAUGUAUUUAUCAAAUUGUUAGACACACUCCAACAGUACUACCAUAAACUAUAAAAUAUAAAACUUGAAAGUAAAACUUUAUGACUCUUAAUUCACUACAAUAGAUUUCACAAGAAAAAUCGACGUGUUCUUGCACGUAAAAUUUUAUAACUGUUAAUUCACUACAAUAGAUUCCAUAAGAAAAAUCGACAUGUUCUUGCACGUCCAAUUUUAUUUCACAAACUAUUCACAUAUAGCGAAUACCACUACGAGUUAAGUAAAUAUAUAAAUAUGAGUGUUAUUGCAAACACAAAAAGAGGAGUUUCAAAACGGGUGAGAAAAAACAGGAUAAAAUGAGCAACGUUAAAUAUUUUUCGUUUCAAUUGAGCUGUAGAGCCAUCACUAGCAAGAGCUUUUUUUAAAGAAACACUUAAGUACGUUAAAAUACAAAUAUACAUAUGUACAUAAAUACGUGUCAAAACGUACACAUGAAGCUGUAAAAUAAGAUUGUCCGAAAAAGAAAAAAAAAAACAAAAAACAACACUACUGCCUUGAGAGACCACUUGCAGUGAGCGCAAUGCUCGCCAAAUUAACGAAGAGUGCAGUAGCGCUCACAUAUUCACAGCCAACUUAACUGCAUAUGCAUGUAUGUGUUAUCAAAUGCGCUUCAUUGAGGCGCUGUAAACAUACAUACAUACAAGAAGUAGGGAAACAAAAUAACUGUUAUGUUUAUCAGUUAGAAAAAAAAUGAAUUAUCAAACAUAUACCGACCGCAGUUGUCUAAAUGAUGAACAAUCAAACGCAUAUCAUAACAACAACAAUGAAAACAAAAGAAAAACCGCAAAUUCGCAAUACUAUACAACAACACUUAUUGCAUACAUAUGUUCCACUGCAUUGCAGAGAUUGUUCGUUCAACAGACAACUCAACUUUUAAAUCCUCAAAAAAAGCCUACAUUUUUACUUGCACCUGUUUUUUAUGAACUUAAAGCGUAUUCACGGCGAGUUUUUUAAGUGAAAAUUUAUUAUUUGUGAAUUUGUAGUUAGUAAUUGGUUUUUGUAAAACUAAAAAAUAUACAUACUUAUAUCUGCUUAAGUGUAUGUAUAUUCGAAAUAAAUUGCAGCUAAUACAUUUUUGCUCUCUUGACUGCGCUGUGAAUAACGCUAACUUUGUAUGUAACUUUGAUUUCGCCUAUUUUCAAUUGUUUUUAAUGUAAGCAAAUCGUUUGAUAGAUUUCAUUAAGAAGAAUUCUCUCUCAACUUCAUACAUAUUUAUGUGCAUUCUUUUUUUUACUUUUGCCGUUACUCUUUUGUAUUGUACUCAGCUUGUCCUCUCAUUUGUUUGUAUGCACCUUCACCUACGCCUAAUUUAAGCAAUAUUUUGUUGUUCUUUUUUUCACCGAUCCGAUUAUAAUUCAAUGAAAAAGCGAAAAUAAAUUAAAACUUUGUUCAAAGUGAAGGCAAUUUGCAAUUAAGUAAAGAAAAUUAAAAAAAAAACAAAACCAAAUAUAUUUUAGCGAUACUCGUUGUCAGUUAACUAUUUUAAUUUUUUAUACUGUUUUACUACAAACGUAACUAUUUACAGACUAUUAUUGUUAAUGAAGAGAAAAAAAUACUUAUGUACUACUUGUUGAGAAAUUUAUUUUACAACUACAACACAAUACUUUUGUAACUGUACUUAACACUUUUGAUACUAUUCAUAUACACAUUUUGUGCCUUUUUGUGUACACUUUACAAUGUAGGGGACUUGAAAAUUUUAUUUUUUUACAAUUUAGCAAUUUAAUGUAUUUACAAUACAAAAAUCAGUUAACUAUUUUUUGCGCCAAUAAGUGAGAAAACGAAAAAUGCAUUGAAAUACUAUGUAUAAACAAAAGCAACAACAUUGUAAGAAAAGCACAUUGCAACAACACAAUGCAAUUGCUGGUAUACCCAAUUUUCAAAACUUUUUUUCUGUUGCAUACCGUUAAGCGUAGCGCAAUAGCAUGUAAAGCCAAGUUUUUGUUUUUGUUUUUGUAUUUUUUGUUUGUUUUUGGUUGAAAAUAAAACUUAAAAUUUGUUUUGUGUAAAAGAGCUGUCAAAUGCAAACGCAUUGCUUAUAAAGCAAAAACUUGUCCAACGGUAGUUUGCAUGCAACUACCGCUAGUUUUUUGCCAAUUUAUUUAUUGUUGUGCCGGUAUUCAAAAUACCGUUAAACUCGCCAUCUACCCAUACUACUACAUACAUAUGUAUGUAUGUAGGUAUGUGUAGACGCGUUGUUAUGUUUUACAAAGUUUAAGCACUUGUUAUAAACACAUUUUUCUUAAUUAAUUUUAAUUAUGAGUAAAAAAAAAGAUUAACUAAUGUAUUUUUUCUAAAAUGAUAAAAUUGUAAUAUUAUUUAAUACAAUGUUGAACAAUAGCGAGAAAUUAAAUAUACAAUAGAAUAUUUUAAACUAUGGACCAAACGGUAGUCAUUUCAAAUGUCAAAAUGUUAAUUAAUUUUACGCAACUUUAUUAGUAAAAUUGUAAUCAAAACUGAGAUUUGUAGAACUUUAAUAAACAGAUUUAUAUAAAAAAA